CUCCUGGCCCCGGCGGGGGCCCCUUCCCUUGGGUGAGGAGGAAGAGGAGCCAGGGCAGCGAUGAAGGGGCUGAGCCACCUGCUCCGCGCCCGGGAGGAUGCUGCGCGGGGAGCUGCAGCGGCCAGCCACGAAGCCAGCCACGACAGCCUAUUGCCAGAUGAGAGAGAAUUUCAAUAUGCUGCUAAAAUGAACAAUUUGGAAACCAUGGAAAAGCUGUUUAAAAAGAACGUUAAUAUAAAUGCUGUAGAUUCUCUGAAGCGCACUGCAUUCCAUUUUGCUGUUGCCAGAAGUCAUACAUCAGCAGUGGAUUUUCUUCUCUGUCACAAAGCUAGACUUGAUAUGGCAGAUCAGCAUGGCCUGACAGUGAUUCAUCUAGCAGCUUGGACUGGAAAUCUAGAUAUAAUGCGAAAAUUAAUUAAAGCGGGUGCUGAUCAAAAGGCUAAGAAUGAGGAAGGAAUGAACGUACUGCACUUCGCAGCUCAGAACAACAGUGUUAAAAUAGUUGAUUAUUUUCUCCAGGAUCUUCACCUGAAUGACUUGAACAAGCCUGAUGGGAAAGGUAAAAAGCCAUUUCUUCUGGCAGCUGAAAAAGGCCAUGUUGACAUGAUAAACAAUUUGAUUACUCUGAAGCUGUUUACACCUGAAAAAGAUAAGGAGGGGAACACAGCACUGCAUCUAGCAGCCAAGAAUGGUCACAGUGAAGUUGUAGAAAUCCUGCUUAAACAGUGGGAGGAAAUAAAUGACAUAAAUCAGAGCGGAGAAACUCCAUUUUACUUGUCUGUUGAAGGAGGUCAUGAAAAAUGUGUUGAACUCUUACUGGAAGCAGGGAGUGACAUCAAUGUUUUAACUCAAAACAAUAGUAGUGCUUUGCAGAUUGCAGUUCAGAACGGACAUCUAUCCUUGGUUACUUUUCUUAUUGAUAAGAACAUUGACCUGAUUCCUAAACCCGAGCAGAAGAAUUCCCCUCUCCAUUUAGCAGUCAUCAAUAAUCAUCUACCAGCAGUAAAAAGCCUCUUGGAUGCCAGUCAUGAUAUAAACUCCUUAAAUCAUAGGCAGGAAACCCCUCUACAUCUGGCAGCUGAUCUUGGCAAUGUGGAGCUGGUGGAAGUGCUGCUGAAGGCAGGCUGCGAUCUCAAGUCUGUGGAUAAGAAUGGAAAAACUGCACUAGCUGUAGCAUCAAGGAGCAAUCAUGCCCUUAUUGUAGAUAUGAUCAUUAAAGCAGAAAGGUACUAUGCCAUGAAACAGGAACAUCUAGCUUGUAGUGAUGAUGGGUCAGACUUUAGCUUGUCCUUCAAGCAAGAUCAUAGUGCACAGACCAAACAAAUCCGUUCCUCCCUUUGGAAUCUAGCAUACAACCAGUUAAAACCCCAGGAAUGGAAAAAACUAGCCCAGUUCUGGAAGUUCACAGAUGAACAAAUUAAAGCCAUUGAAGAACAAUGGACAGGGAAAAAAAGUUAUAAGGAACAUGGAAACAGAAUGUUGCUCAUCUGGUUACAUGGUAUAUCGCUGGCUCAUCAGAAUCCUGUCAAGCAUAUCUACGAAGAGCUGGUGGAAGCAGGAUUUCCGCCUUUAGCUGAGAAGAUCAGAGCUGCAAGUAGCACUGACAUGGUCUCCAGAAAAUGUGCAAUUUCAUGAGUUCAUAAAUAAAACAUGGCAUAUAUGAUGGAAUUACCUGCCAAACAGAAACUGAUUUUCAAAUACAAAUAACAUCUUCCCUGGAAAAAAACACCUGUUUUGAAACUGUAUGAUUUUUUCAAGCCAGAAGAACUUGCACCCUUGAAACACUGGUUAGUUCAUUCUCGUCUGUUUGCUAUACAAUAUUUUAAAUAAUUUAAAAGUGAAUGGCUGGCUGGUAAUUUAUGACAAUACCGCUAAGCUAGACCCAUUCCCCUACAAUUGCUACAUCUGGCUUAACACCGAUACACUGAUUCUAUAUUGGAACUGCAAAUUAAGGUAUUUUGUGUUUGACAUGAAAUGUAAAUGAGAUGUUUUCUACCUGAAAGUAAACUUAAUUUACUAAAUGAAAAUUAUAAAUAAACACUUCCAAAAAUA